AAAUAUAAAAUUCAAUAAUAAACUCAAAUAAACAAAUAAUAAAACUAAAAAAAUCCCCAAUUUCCACUCAAUCUCCUUGGCUCAGCCUAGGGUUUGGUCCAAUCUCUCUCUCGCUCCUCGCCAUUUUUGUUUUUUCGGAUCCACUUGGUCUUUUCUCGAUCUCCGUAAGGUAUUAGUUAAAGACCUGAUGAGUUCCAAGGACUAGAGUUGGAUUUUAUUCUCUUUGAGGAUUUGUGAGAGUGAGAAAGAGGAUGAGUGGCCGAAACACUCAUUGGUGCUACAGAUGCAGACGGCCAAUUCGACUGCGAGGUCGAGAUGCUGUUUGCCCCAGCUGUAAUUGUGGAUUUAUUCAGGAACUUGAUGAUAUGGUGCCAGCCAAUCCAGUCGAUUUGUUUGAUCUGGAUAGUGAUGAAGACCGUGAACGGCGAUUCCGACUAUUGGAUUCUAUCUCAACAUUUAUGAGGCAACGGAUGGUUGAUAGAAGCCACAGCCUGGACAUCAGAGGUAGAGCAGAUCCAGUUCCUGAACAUAACCCAGGGGUCGGUCCUUUGUUAAUCUUUGGUGGGCAGAUUCCUUUUAGAUUGUCUGGAAAUGGUGGGUUUGAAGCUCUCUUUAAUGGGACUCCUGGUAUUGGUGUAACACGUGGUAAUGUUGGUGAUUAUUUUAUUGGCCCCGGACUUGAAGAACUAUUUGAGCAGCUUUCAACUAAUGACCGACGAGGCCCUCCCCCAGCAGCCAGAUCAUCAAUAGAUGCAAUGCCAACUGUCAAGAUAUCAAAUAGGCAUCUUCGUUCUGAUUCACACUGUCCUGUUUGCAAAGAUAAAUUUGAGCUGGGAUCUGAAGCAAGGCAAAUGCCAUGUGACCACUUGUAUCACGCGGACUGCAUUAUACCAUGGUUGAGCCAGCACAACUCUUGCCCUGUUUGCCGCCAAGAACUGCCAGCUCAAGGACGUAGUAACGGGAGAAGCUCAACUAAUCGAAGUAGAAGCAGCAGCAGCAGUUUUGGUGGCAACACCAAUACCAAUGCAAGGGAAAACAUUAGAACAGAAAAUGGAAGGAGACAUCCAUUGUCAUACUUGUGGCCAUUUCGCUCGUCCAGCUCUAGCUCCAACCGAAACACAAGAGCUGGAACUAGCUCCCCAACUGUGCGUGAAAAUAAUCAUCAGAUGGGGUAUACUGGAUGGCCAUUUGACGAAGGCUAAUUUUUCAGGAGCAUUAAUUGCUCUCCGUUCACUUGUGAUCAGAUUUUGUCGCCAGUGGAAGUCAAGAAGUAGUUUCGGGACUCUGGAGAUUACCUGUUUGAUGUUUAAAAUGUUAAUGAAAUUUAUCGGGAUGCUUUUUCAUGUAAAGGGAAUUUCUCUUUUGAUUGAAUGUACUACUAAAUUCAUCAUGCCUGCUCA